CAAAACUACCCAACAUAAACUAGGUCAAAGCAAACUUUAAAACUAUAUAUUUACUCAAGCGAUAACACGUAGAUAGUGUGUACAGGCUGACACGCCGCACAAGUAUUUAAUUCUCAGGACUAGACGGAAGGUCGAAAGAACAGGGAGGCCAUGUUAGAUUUUAAGGUGAGACUAAAUAAUUAUUAUAGUAAUGACUGCUGUGUUUUAUAUCAUACUAUAAUUCUAUUUCGUUAAUUGUUUUAAUCUGUCAACAUCUUGAAAUGAAAUUCCGGUUUUAUUUAAUCAACAGUAAAGUUCUCGUGUGAUCCCGCCAUCAGAAAUGCAUCCCCGGCGCAGUGCUCAGGAAGUCCUACUGUGUGACCUCUGUGAAACUGUCCCCCUACAGAGUCACUGUGAACUUUGUAAUAUAAAUCUCUGUGUUAACUGUGCAGUAAAGCAUCUCUCAGACUCGUCUAAAAGACACAAAGUCGUGCCGUUUUUACACAGAAAGUCUACUAACUACCACAAAUGUCCAGACCACGCCGAUAAACACUGUGAAAUUUACUGUGAAAAAUGUGGCGUUCCUGUCUGUUCUACCUGCGCCUUAUUUGGAAAACACAAAGGUCACGAUGUGUCAGAUAUUCUGGAAAAAUUCAGCGCUAAAACAGAAAGUUUACAAAAAGAUCUAGAAGAACUCGAGACAAGAAUUUACCCGCGAUAUAAAGAAAUGGCGUCUAAUGUCGAAACCGAGAAAGCCGAGUUAGAAACGAAAUACGGGAAACUGACGACAGAUGCCGAUGAACAAGGAGAAAUCUUACACCGAGAAAUCACCGCCAUUGUCAACCGACAGAAAUCCGCCAUUGCGGAGAUGAAAACUAAACAUCUGGACGCGCUAAAUAAAAAUACAGAAGAAAUCACACAGAAAAUGGCGGAACUCAAACAGAUCAUGUCCGACUUGAAAUCAAUCCUAAAAUUAAAUGACGUUUCCUUAACCUCUACUUACAAAUCUAGGAAUUCCCAAUUUAGAACAUUACCGCCUAAAGUCCGAGUUACAUUACCGAGUUUCUCUCCUCAGAAAAUAAACAAAGAUCAGCUGAAUGAAAUGUUUGGUUCUCUGUCGCCAUUAUCUAUUAACACAGAACAUGGCGACACAAUGAAGUCAGCAGAAGCUGUAUCUUCUCCUCCAGUCAAACCACUGCUUGAUGAGCCGCGCGUCACCGCCACCAUAAACACUGGGUAUAACUUUCUACUCGGUGUUAGCUGUCUGAGUGAAGAUCAAGUCUGGACACGCGGUCAGUUAAACAACACCAUGAAGCUGCUCAACCUCCAGAGUAAACUACUGACAUCAAUACAAACCAAGUCAGGGAACUGGCCAACAGAUAUAGCAGUGACACGGGACGGAGAUCUUGUUUAUACUGACCAUAGUAAUAACACCGUUAACUUAAUUAAGAAUAAACAGAUACAGACCGUGAUCACACUACAGGGGUGGAGACCUCGCUUUGUCUGCUGUACCGCGGGUAACGAUCUCCUGGUUAUCAUGAUCAGUGAUGAUCUCAAACAAUCCAAAGUCGUGCGUUACUCCGGCUCCACAGAGAAACAAAGCAUUCAGUUUGAUGAUCAGGGUCGUCCUCUCUACUCAUCUGGUGGUAACACUAAAUACCUCAGUGAGAACAAGAACCUGGAUAUCUGUGUGGCUGACUAUACAGCUAGAGCAGUAGUGGUGGUCAAUCAGUCAGGAAAACUCCGAUUUAGAUACACGGGUCAUCCCUCUAAUACCGAGCAAUCAUUUGGUCUAUUCAGCCUAUUUAGAUACACUGGUCAUCCCUCUAAUACCAAGCAAUCAUUUAAUCCACGCGGCAUCACUACAGACAGCCAGAGUCACAUCCUGACAGCAGACUUUGACAAUCACCGUAUCCACAUCCUAGAUCAGGACGGACAGUUCCUCCGUUACAUUCACUGUCAUUUAGACAGUCCAUUAGGUUUAUGUGUGGACAUCAGAGACAACCUCUUUGUGGCUGAGUUUGACACUGCUAAAGUGAAGAAAAUCCAAUAUCUAUAAUCACAGUGUUAAUUACACAGCUCUACAGUGUUAAUUACAUCUACCAACACAGUGUUAAUUACAUCUACCAACACAGUGUUAAUUACAUCCCUGUGUUAAUUACAGCCCCGUGUUAAUUACAGCCCUGUGUACAUUACAGUCCUCUGCUUGUGAUGUGUAACAUGUACUUGUGUUUGUGAGUUUAACAGAACAUUAUUUUGUUUGUGAAUUAAUUCAAUAUGUGUUUGAUUUUACAAUGUAUAUAUUAGAUAAACAUGAUACAGAG